AUGCAUUUCUCAAAAGCUGCCAUCACUGCCAUCUUGGCCUUCACCUCAGUACAAGGUUUACCAACUCAAAAACGCUGUGACACAUGCGGCGGUGUUUCCGACAAAGAAUCUAAGAUUGAAGAUUCUCAAAAAUUGCCUGUAAAGUAUAUGCGAAUCAUGCCAUGGGGAGACUUUUGUGAAAAAUGUCCACCAAAGGAAUUUUUCGAAGCCGGUGGGGCUGGACAUGGCAUGACUCCAAACGGCAUGAUGGGAGAAUUCGUUGCUGGCCUUUGCAAUCUACACUGUGGGACUGACUAUCCCGAGUCCUACCCUAACAUUCUCCAACCUAGAGUUACUCUCUCUCCAUCUGAAUCAAACACUACCCAGCCUGAACUUGUUACUCCUCAAUCCGAAUCAACCACCACCCAACCUGAAAUUACCGCUUCCCAAUCUGCAGGUCAAGAAUAUUCUGAAAUCAAGUCAGAUGAUUACAAAGACAAUAAUUACACUAUCCAAUUUGAAGCUGACGAUAUCAUUGACUUCAAGGCUGAACAGAAGGGCACUUGCACUACUGAAGGCAUUUUCAGCUGUAUUUCUGGAACAUCGUUCCAACAAUGCGCCAGCGGUACCUGGAGUGUUGCUCAAAACAUGGCUCCAGGAACUGUUUGUGUAGCUGGAAACGGGUAUGGUUUGAGCACUGUAGCAGCCGAAAAGAGAACGACGACGACCCAGGAUAUCCAGAAUUCUACUUCAGAGGAAAUGAUGACCAUGGUAGAGAAGAAACCUGUUGAAAAGAGAUUGUGGAUCCAAAUUUUCAAAUGGCAAUUCUUCGGACCCAAACCACCAGUGCACCUUACUCCAGAGGAGCAGAAAGAGAAGGACACCGCAGCAGAAAUCAAAUAUUCCAAGGAAUUUCAUCAAUACGGUGGACAUGGAGAUCUCAAGAAGGAAGCCGAGGAAAAGAAAGCUGCCGAUGAGAAACAUGCCAAAGAAUUUCAUCAAUUUGGCGGUGUCAACAAGGAAGACGAGAAGAAGAAAGCUGAGGAGAAGAAAGUUGCCGACGAGAAAUACGCCAAAGAAUUUCACCAAUUUGGCGGUAUUAAGACGGAAGCUGAGAAGAAGAAAGCCAAGGAGGAGGAGAAAAAAGCACUUGCUUGGAAACAAUUUGGACCCAAGGAUGGAGAAAAGCAAGAAUAA